CUUUGAUGAUUGAGGAUUGGAAUAAACUUGAAGAGGAAGGAAUCUUGGAGGAAAAGUUAGCCAGACAUCUUUGGAGAGAUGAGAUUAGCAAAGACGAAACUUGCUUUGAGUUCUUCUUAGAAAUUAUGAAGCAGUUUGGACUGCUGUGCGAGCAGAUCAAGAAUGAGGAGAGUACACAUCGGUCAUUUUUUGUACCCUGUCGACUGAAACGUAGCACAGACAAUAUGGCUAUUAAGUCAGACUCAGAUCAGAUGGUUUCUAUCUAUAUGGCUUCCGAGGAUUUCAUCCCUGAUAGUAUCUUCCAUCCUCUAGUUGUCAGUUUGAUUGGAAUGGUACAAAACAUGGGCUACAAAGCUAAAUUAGAGUUAUUUAGCAACUAUGCAAACAUCUGGCUAGGACAUGAUCACACUCUCAGCUUGGGACCAGUAGUCAUUGAUAACAAGCCCUCAUUAAAGCUGGAAAUAUUACGAAUGUCUGUUGUUCAUGAGGAUGGUACAACUACGUCAACAGGUGAACCAACUCCAAGAGUUUGUAUGCAGGUGUUAGAGUUUCUGAAGCAAGAGAUGAAAGUGUUGACAACUGGAAUGAAGCACACAGGAUAUGCAUUCCGUGUCCUGUGCUGGAAAGACUCGAAAAAAACUCACUUCCAAGAUUUGGAAGAGUGUCUGGAAAAUGAUUAUAUCCCAUGCGGAAAGAAAUUGAUAACGACUGGCAAACUACAAAGGAUGUUCAGAAAUAAGAAAAUACUAACAGGAAACCCGUCCUCACCAGGUAUUGUUGUGGAAAUGGACAUGAUAUCGCUUUAAACAAUUGAAAAUCGUCUCAAAGCACUUAAAGAAUAUUAAGAGAACUAACCCAUGAAUUGUCUUGAACUAACUUGGACUAAACUGACAACCCUCUCAGAUAUGUCUUAGUGGCUGCUGAGGGGAG